AUGUCGGGGACGAUCCUUUACCGCAACCAACCCGCGACUGUUGUCCUGAUCGACAUCCCUCAAUCUAUUCGCGAGGCCCAACAAGCUCCUUACGCGCUCCGAUCAUCGCUAGCUCUGCAAAUCCCCUACCCUAGCACCGAACCCAAGGGCGUGAAGCGAGAGGCUGUGCUCAACGCGACCCCGGUCGACGAGCAGCUCUAUCAUGAGUCCGUGCAAAGGGAGAUUCGUGCUGCAUUGCUUGAGAUUCGGACACAAUUACAUGGCCAGGGCAGCGUUUGGUGCCAUCCACGCCACGCUUUGACCUCACAUGCUGACUCGGCGUUUCCAUCACCAGCGACAACAAGCAUUUCAAAGUGGCCCGUGAGCAUUGACCGUUUCUCCACAGCAGUGCCUGUGGUUCUGUCAACCACCGAAAGGCGCAACAAGUUUCGCUCUCUUAGCGAUCUGCAGGGUAGCAUCGUCUACAACAUCCGUUCAGACACUGCGAUAGUUGAAGUUGGUGAAGCUGGGGACUUUAUGGUUCCUGCGGGGGCUGCCUUCAUUUUGGCAAGCCUCAAACAAGGGAUCCCUGCCUUUCUCUCCGCCCGCCGAAAAGAAUCACCUGAGAAAAUGGCCCUUGACCUCAUCCUGAUGGAUCCCCCCUGGCCCAAUCGCUCAGUCCGCAACUCUAAUGCCUAUAGGACGUCGGAAGCCCAGGAUCAGGAUCCAUUUCUGCCAGCAGGGCGGAUUGCCCGGGAUUUUCUUGCCCCGGAAGGCCUCCUGGCCAUUUGGAUCACUAACAGAUCCUCCAUACGCGCUAAAGUGUUGCAGACUAUCCAAGCACUCGGUCUCCAUCUCCAUGAGGAAUGGGUUUGGAUCAAGAUCACUGCCCAAGGUGUCCCUGUCAGCCAGAUUGACGGAGUCUGGCGGAGGCCAUACGAGAUCCUGCUGUUAUUUCGGACAGGUCAGCCUCUUGAAGAUCCUGUUCGAAAGGUCAUUGCCGCCGUUCCGGACUUGCACUCGCGGAAACCGUGUCUGAAGGUACUGUUCGAACAGCAGCUACCGGCAAAGUACAGCGCCCUGGAACUUUUUGCAAGAAGUCUGACCGCCGGGUGGUGGUCGUGGGGCGACGAGGUGUUGAAGUUUCAACACGAAAGCCAAUGGGAUGUUUAUGGACGAGAUGAAGUAGCAUUUUAG